UGACUAAUAGAGCGACUUGUUGUCUGUUUCCUUGGGGGAGGUAUCUGGCUCUCGGUACCGUUAGUUAGCGAGUGGGUGUGUCGGUGUGGUCCAGUGGGACGCUAUCUAGCGGCCGCUGGUAUGCGUAGAGGAAAGAGGAAAAGUUGAUGAGUUGAGUUUGAAAGCGGCGCCUCGGUGCUGAAGAACCGAGCAGAAAUGGCGGUUUGGACCAGAGCGGACAAGCACGGCGAACUGGACCUUCUACUCCGCGACCGCUGGGUCCGAGUGGCCGCCGAACUCACCCGAGAAACGCUGACUUUAACGGCCGAAGCCGAGAUAGGCAUGCAGGGGAGUCACCAUCCGGAGCACAGCAGCCCCCUGGCGGGCCUGAGGAACGGAAUGUCGAAUGGAGACGAACCGGGAACAAGUCCGUCUUCGGGUCCAGAACAGUUCCAGAACCACGGCAGCCCGGGUCACGUUGGGGUCAGUCGCGGUUUAGGCAGUCCGGGGAAGCAUCCAAAUAACGGCGCCAACUCGGAUUUAGGAAGUCCCGGCUCAAGUUUUGCGCCGAGGCAAGUCGAAGUGAGUCCGGGUGUGUGCGCGGAGGCUGUGCGCAAAGUCCGGGUUGUCAAGCAGGAGUCUGGCGGGCUGGGAAUCAGCAUCAAAGGCGGACGUGAGAACCGGAUGCCCAUCCUUAUCUCCAAGAUCUUCCCGGGACUCUCCGCCGACCAGAGCCGCGCUCUGCGGGUGGGGGACGCCAUCCUGUCGGUGAACGGGAACGACCUCCGGGAGGCGACGCACGACUUGGCGGUGCAGGCGCUGAAGAAGGCCGGAAAAGAAGUGACGCUAGAGGUCAAAUACAUCCGCGAGGUUUCUCCACUGUUUAAAAAGCCAUCCCUCGUGGCCGACCUGCCGUGGGAUGGCGGUCGGAUACAGACGCCCAGCUACAGCAGCAGCGAAGAUUCUGGUUCUCCUCAGCACAGCAGCUCCAAAGACAGGAAGGUCAUCAGCCUGAAGAUGUGCUUCAUUAGCAGGAACCUUACCAUGCCAGACCUGGAGAACAGAUUAUUGGAGCUGUAUUCGCCAGAUGGUCAGCACACGGUUGUACUUCGUUGUAAAGAUUGCCCUUCUGCCAACUCCUGGUUCACUGCCAUCCACACCAACAUUGCUGCCCUGCUGCCACAGACCCUGAGUCACAUCAAUGCUUACCUGGGGGUCUCGGCCUCCACCACCAUGCAGCCUCACCUCAAGCACAUUGGGUGGAUGGCUAAGCAGGUCCAGCUGGAAGGUGGACGGCAGCAGUACAGGCCUGUGGUCAUGGCGCUUACAGAAAAGGACAUUUUGCUCUUUGAAUCUGUGCCGUGGCGUCGAGAGUUAUGGUCCAUGCCUCUCCUCACACAUCCUCUGCUCGCCACAAGAUUGGUCCACUCUGGCAGUGCCCGUGGUUCUCCUUCCCAGGGUUCAGACCUGGUGUUUGCCACCCGGACGGGCACAGGGCGUGGCAUCGAGUCUCACGUUUUCCGGGUGGAGACCCACUGGGAUCUGUCUUCAUGGACCAGAGCUCUGGUACAAGGUGCACAUGCUGCUGCAGAACUCAUCAAAGAAGUUUCUAUCGGCUGCACAUUGAACAGACAGGAUGUUCGUCUGACUCUGCACUACGAAAAAGGCUUCACCGUGACGCGGGAGUCGAGUGACGCAGCUGGUGGAGCGGCGCUCUUCCGAUACCCCUAUGAAAAACUCAAAAUGUCUGCUGACGAUGGAAUACGCAACCUUUACCUUGACUUUGGGGGUCCUGAGGGAGAAAUGGUGUUUGAUCUCCACUCAGGUCCAAAGCCAGUCGUGUUCGUCCUUCACGCCUUCCUCUCAGCAAAACUCACCCGCAUGGGCCUGCUCACAUGAAGCACUCAUGCGCACAGGGAGUACUCAUGCUCGCGUGAACUACAGUAUUUAAAAUGAGCAUGAAGUAGUCAUGCUCAAAUGAAGUACUCGUGCUCGAGUACUGAUCAGCAGAAAGACCAGUAUGCUGCUCAGAGAGUUUAUAUGGUCGCUAAUAUCUUCUCCCUCCUCUCUGUGAUAGUUUUAAAAAUGUGCCUUAUAUUUCAAGGUUUGCUUUCUUGCUUUAUUGCUGCAAGUUCUCAGGUUUUUAGCAGUUUAGACGCUUUCAACAUUCCACGUGAGCCGAAUGAUACUGACUGGUGUUUGAGUCAAAUGAAAAAUCAGUAUUUUAGACAAUCAAUAGACAUUAAAAGUCUGAUUAUGUUCAUCUAGGCCGGACAUUCCAGAACAGUCUUCCAGUGUACAACUUGAAACAUCUGAAAAUGACCAAAAUAAACGUCUUUCAGAGACUUUGGCUGUGUCUCAAAUGGAGUACAAGAGGUCUUCAUUGUUCCCUUUAGACCAGGGGUCGGGAACCUUUUUGGCUGAGAGAGCCAUGAAAGCCAAAUAUUAUAAAAUGUAUUUCCGUGAGAGCCAUAUAGUAUUUUCUUAACACUGAAUACAACUAAAUGUGUGCAUUUUUAAGUAAGACCAACAUUUUUAGAGUAUAAUAAGUCUCUUAUUCUUUUUAAUAACAUUGUUAUUCUGAAGUUAACCAAUAAUAAAUAAAAUACUUUUUACCAUUAAUGAACAGGUGCUGAAGAAAACGGAUUGAUGGAUUAAAAUGCAUGAGAAUGUUUUAUAUUCUGAACGUUAUUUUUAACACUGAUUACCAGCGGAAUUAUUCAUUACUUAUCGUGUUAAGCAAUGUCAGCUAAGAUUUAUCUGAGAGCCAGAUGCAGACAUCAAAAGAGCCACAUCUGGCUCUAGAGCCAUAGGUUCCCUACCCCUGCUUUAGACCGAGUUGCAAAUAAACCUACUUUGUUUGAAUAAUAAACUCCGGAUUACACUGUCUGCAUGAAGGCAUUACCCCAAAGUAAGUCUUGUAAUUAUUGUAUUAGAUUCAGCGCCAAUAAAUCCCUCCUAUUUCUCCCUAAGUGCGUAUUGUUCACUUGUGACGAAAGAAGCUAACAAGCUAAAAGCAUAGAAUCCAGCUUUAAUCACUGACCAAUGGUCAUGAAAUAUGACGAGACAAACUGAACAGAUGGAAUCAGAGUCAUGGUCAAACAACUGCGCUUCCAUCCGUCUGAGUAGUCCUGCUAACUGUCAGAGAAGACACUCCUCCAAUGUUGAGUCUACAUAAUCCACACCGCUUGCUUGUUGUAAUUCCAUUAACAAUUUAUGAUCAUAUUUCAAAAUGUCUUCACCUUGAUAAAAAUUGAGAGUAGCACCAUCACAUUGAUACAUGUAUAUUGUAUUACUAUGAUAUUUAUCACAUAUUUAUUCAUUAUUACCCUGUCAGGAUGAAUGAAAUGUUAUCUGCGGGAUUAAUUUCCUAUUUCUCGGUCAGAAUAAAUACUUAUGUUAAAGCCAUCAAAUUUAAUGGAUUAACUCAUGUGAUUAAUCACAAAAAAAUAUUGCACCAUAUGUGUGUUGUCAUACAGCACACAAUGAAGCAAAGAUGAUGAUGUUAAUUUUUUUUAUUUAUUUUUUUGUUAAUCAGUCCAACAAAAUAAUACACAAUAAUACCAUAGUAAUACAAUUACAAUUCCAAAACCAAACCCGGCCAAGCAACAUUCAGAAUAGCAAUCAACAGAGCAAUUGAGAGGACACACAAACAUGACACAAAACAAUCCAAAAGUAGUCAAACAAAAAUAAAUAAUAUCAACAACAUUAUCAAUAUUAAUAAGAAUUCCAACAUAACAGUGAUUAGAAAUCCCUCAUUUACAUUAUCAUCACAGCCAUUUAUAAAAAAUAAAAUUAAAACAAUUAACAAUAGAACACAUUGUUGUUAAUGAUGGUGUGCUAACUGAUUAAUAAUUUCACUUAGAAAUAAACCUGACUGCUUUAGAUACAACUAUUAACACGAUUUGGACAAAUAAAUGACGUAAAUGAAGUAAAACAUUUUUUUUAAAUGUUCAUUUAUGACACAAAAUGGAAGAAGAAGAAACAUCGCAACAACUGUAAAAACAGCCAACGUAGGAAGGAGGGAAUGGUGGUUGUUAUAUUUUUGAUAGGGAUGUCCGAUAAUGGCUUUUUGCCGAUAUCCGAUAUUCCGAUAUUGUCCAACUCUUUAAUUAUCGAUACAGAUAUCAACCGAUAUAUACAGUCGUGGAAUUAACACAUUAUUAUGCCUAAUUUGGACAACCAGGUAUGGUGAAGAUAAGGUACUUUUAAAAAAAUAAAAUAAAAUAAGAUAAAUAAAUUAAAAACAUUUUCUUGAAUAAAAAAGAAAGUAAAACAAUAUAAAGUUUACCGUAUUUUCCGCACCAUAAGGCGCCCUGGGUUAUAAGCCGCGCCUUCAAUGAACGGCAUAUUUCAAAACUUUGUCCACCUAUAAGCCGCCCCGUGUUGUAAGCCGCAUCUAACUGCGCUAAAGGAAUGUCAAAAAAACAGUCAAAUAGGUCAGUCAAACUUUAAUAAUAUAUUAAAACCAGCGUGAUGUGGGCGCGCACGGAGUCGUAUAUCAACAUGGACGAAGCUGCGUGAAAAAAGCCACCCGGCCUCUUCGCGUAAACUUAAACUUACCUUAACCACUCGCUCAUCUUUUCUUCAUCCAUCCCUUCGAGUUAGCUUUUAUGAUGACGCCGGCUGGAAAGGUCUCUUUUGGCAAGGUCUUCCUUUUGAAUAUCACCAUGGGUGGAAGUUUCUGGCCAUUAGCAUGGCAAGCUAGAACCACAGUGAAGGAUGACUUCUCAUUCCCUGUGGUGCGAAUAUUCACCGUACGUGCUCCCGUUGUAUCCACAGUGCGGUUCACAGGAAUAUCAGUUGCUGUGAAAUAGUAAUCCGUGUGCGGAUGGAGAGAUUGCGUCUUUUCAUGAACCGGAUCCCUGUCGUUUAGUAGGAGCCAUUUUGUGGUCUUUACAGAUGUAAACACACAAAGGAAAUAAAACGUACGGUAAUAUCCGCGCGCUUUUUCUUCUUCUACGCGGGCGGGUGGUUGCUUACAGUAGAAGAAGAAGCGCUUCCUGUUCUAUGGGGGC